GGGCGGGGCAGGCGCGGCCGCCCAGUUCCUGAUUCUCUGAGCGGGGCCGGGGCUGGGGGCGCCACAGGCGCGGGGACGCGGGCGGCGAAGGAUGGGCCCGCGCCGCGCGCCGAGCCUGCCCCGAGGCCCCGGCCUGCGGCUCCCGUUGCUGCUGCUCCUGCUGCUGCUGCAGGGCGCGGGCGCCGGGGCCGGCCGGCCGCCGCACCUCGUCUUCGUGCUGGCGGACGACCUGGGCUGGCACGACGUGGGCUUCCACGGCUCGCGCAUCCGCACGCCGCGCCUGGACGCGCUGGCGGCCGGCGGGGUGCUGCUCGACAACUACUACACGCAGCCGCUCUGCACCCCGUCGCGGAGCCAGCUGCUCUCCGGCCGCUACCAGAUCCACACAGGUUUACAGCACCAAAUAAUCUGGCCCUGUCAGCCCAGCUGCCUUCCUCUGGAUGAAAAACUCCUGCCCCAGCUUCUAAAAGAAGCAGGCUACACUACCCACAUGGUCGGAAAAUGGCACCUGGGAAUGUACCGGAAAGAAUGCCUUCCAACCCGCCGAGGAUUUGAUACCUACUUUGGGUAUCUCCUAGGUAGUGAAGAUUACUAUUCCCAUGAGCGCUGUACAUUCAUCGACGCUCUGAACGUCACACGAUGUGCUCUCGAUUUUCGAGAUGGUGAAGAAGUUGCCACAGGAUAUAAAAAUAUGUAUUCAACAAGUGUAUUUACCGAAAGGGCGACAGCCCUCAUAACUAACCAUCCACCAGAGAAGCCUCUAUUUCUCUACCUUGCUCUCCAGUCUGUCCACCAGCCCCUUCAGGUCCCUGAAGAAUACCUGAAGCCAUACGACUUUAUUCAAGAUAAGAACAGGUAUCACUAUGCAGGAAUGGUGUCCCUUUUGGAUGAAGCAGUGGGAAAUGUCACCGCAGCCUUAAAAAGCCGUGGGCUCUGGAACAACACGGUGUUCAUCUUCUCUACAGAUAAUGGAGGGCAGACUUUGGCGGGCGGCAACAACUGGCCCCUUCGAGGAAGAAAAUGGAGCCUUUGGGAGGGAGGCGUUCGAGGCGUGGGCUUCGUGGCGAGCCCCCUGCUGAAACAGAAGGGUGUGAAGAACCGGGAGCUCAUCCACAUUUCCGACUGGCUGCCCACUCUGGUGAAGCUGGCCGGGGGAAGCACAAAUGGCACCAAGCCUCUGGACGGCUUCAACGUGUGGAAAACCAUCAGUGAAGGAAGCCCAUCCCCCAGAGUGGAGCUGCUACAUAACAUCGACCCAAACUUUGUAGAUGAUUCACCAUGUCCUGGGAGAAGCAUGGCUCCGGCAAAGCAUGAUUCUUUUCUUCCAGAAUAUUCGACCUUCAACACAUCUAUCCAUGCUGCAAUCAGACACAAGAACUGGAAACUCCUCACUGGCUACCCAGGGUGUGGUUACUGGUUCCCUCCACCAUCUCAGUACAAUGGUUCUGCAAUUCCCCCAUCAGACCCACCGACCAAGACCUUAUGGCUCUUUGACAUUGAUCGGGACCCAGAAGAAAGACAUGACGUGUCAAGAGAACAUCCUCAUGUCGUCCGGCAGCUCCUCUCCCGUCUGCAGUUCUACCACAAACACUCGGUGCCCGUGUACUUCCCGGCACAGGACCCCCGCUGUGACCCCAAGAGCACUGGGGCCUGGGGCCCUUGGAUGUAGGAUUUCAGGCAGCCUGCAGGAGGAGAAAACCUCUCUGUUGCAAGCUGGACAUCAGGCCUUUCCUUGUGUGACUCUUGUCAUAUUUCUUCUCCCAACCUGGGUUCACCUGGCCCUUCUCUCGCUCCUAAACCACACGGGGUGUCUAAUUUCAGCCCCUAGUGCAUGUAAGAAGCUGAUAAAAUCUGGAACGCUCCUGCUCUUGGCUGGGGCAUGUGUCUAGAGGACAGGGUGACUGGGUUCAUCCCCUUUUUCCUGAGCUGUGGGACAGCUGGAACUUGACUUGAAAUAGGAAGUUAUUGAGUCCGGGAGGCUGGAGCAGCUGGCUCUUUUUGCCUCACAAGUCAGAUGUUAGAUUUCCCUCUGCCAAUAGCCGGGUUUUAUUGGAGUGACUCACUCACAUUUUUUGUAACAAUGAAGGGAGCAGACAAUUGUUAAUGGUUCUGUUGGCCACGGGUUCUCCCUGUCUGUGAGAGAUCGUGUUCAGGCAUUCCAUGUGAAUAACCCGCCUUGGUUCACCCCUCACUCACUCAUUUCAUCCUCACCUCGUCACUCAUCCCAUCACGGAGCAUAAGGCCCAUUUCAUUGUUAAGGUCAGCAUGGCAAUAUGCCUACUUCUUGGUUUUGGUUUUUAAAAUAAAGAAAUGUGAUUUUAUCCCCAAGUUUUUUCCCAGCCAUUGCUCAUUUUGGCUAGCCCUCCUGCUCCCCCCACCCCCGUGGCUCUUUUCCUUCCCUUCCUUUUGACUCAGGCGUCCUGUGCCUGGGAACGCUGCUUUGCUCUCCGCCAUGAGCACCACUAAUUUUUGGGACACUGCUGAGCCCUGCCUGCCCUUUGCCCCUAACGCUGAAGCUGGAGCCCUGCCCAGAGAAGGUGGAGGAGGGUGACUCUGUGAGCGUGCUCACGGUGGACAUGAAGAGGCCUGGGUGGCGAUGCGUGCAUCUGUGUCGUCUGUUUGGGGAGGUGUUUUCUAGUUGCGUGGAGUUUGUUAUCACGACCUUUGUCUCAUAAUGUACUGAGUUGCACUGCUGUUCCCUGGCAGUGGGGAGAAGCCCUGGGAAGGAUGACCUUGUCCUGGGAUCAUGAAAGUGGCAGUUUGAAAAAUAAAGUGGCCUGCAUCUGGGAUACUGGGCCCGGGUGAAGCAAAGGAGGCACAUGCACAUUUCUCUUAUUCUCUCAGUUUUACUGCUUGUGUUGAGGUUCUGGGGUUGGGGAAAGAAGAUGCACAGAAGGACCUGCCAGCCCUUUCUCAGUCCCACUAACGUCCUGCUAAUGCAGAUCAGUCCAAACUAGCUCCAAAGAGUGUCAAACUCAGAGAAAUAUGUGCAAAAACUUAACUUUUUUUGCACUAGCUCCACUUGUUCAUUCACUGCUUAUCACUAGUGCCUGGUACAUAGAAGGCACUCAAUAUACUUUUCAAACAUAAGUGAAUGAAUGGACAAAUGGGUAAAUAAGAAAGUCUCACACCAUGAAAGGUGCUACUCCAAUGAGCUGGAUUCAGGGGUAAUAUAAAUAUCUUCCAACCACUGCUUUUCUGUCCUGAGCUGCCCUCCUGGGGUGGGAGCAUGGUCUGUGUAUCUGGGCAGUCAUAGGAUGUGCCAUAGUAAAGUCAUAACGUCCUCUUGGCGGGGGGAGAGGGGAUAUGCCUACCAAAGGUAUUCUUUUGCCAAUAAUCCUCAAUUGUAUUCUUCAUGGGACACUAAAAACUAAACCCACCAGAUAAUAGGAUAUAGGUUCUGGUAGAGCCAUCCUGCAGUUCAAGAGCAGGAUUUUCUGUUCACUACUAACUGGUAUGAAGUUAUGGUGAUUGGUAGGAAGUGGUGCUAGAACUAAUGACACCUGUUACUAACCUGUACCCUACUCCUGGGUUGGCAAACAGCUGGCCAAAAUGCUGUUACCUCUCACUCCCAAGCUUGUGGCAGAUAUUAUGGACUGAGCCCACAUGCUCCUUCUGGAUCCUUCUAAUGCCAGGGCUGUAGGUAACCAUUAACGCUGUAAGAUUGGAGGCCAUCAGUCCAUGACGCCUAUUUGUGCUUCCUGCUGUGCUCCCAGCAGCUGUCCCCAAUUCCAGUCCCUUGAUUGCUGCAUUCACUGUGGAUGUUCUGCACUCAAUGGAUUUAAAAGGAAUUUUAGACUAACUUUUUGUAAAACUUUUGGGAUUUUUAUCCAUCAUAGAAGGUAUCUCAUUAGAUUGUCUUAUUCUGUACAAGAAUAUGAACAGAUUCAUAUGUUGUUGUUAGGAGUUUUAAUGUUCUCUCUUUCCAAAUUUGAUUACCUUUAAAGAAGGGUUUCGUUUACUCAAUUGUUUUUCAUUGUUACUAUAUAAUUGUUCCACAUUUGGGGGACAAAAAAAUUUAUCUUUUAAAAAUGUGUCAGCCAUGAGCAUGGGGUUUCCAUUUGGGUGGUGAAAAAGUUCUGGAACUAGAUAGUGGUGAUGGUUGCAUAACAUCAUGAAUGUGCUUAAUGCCUCUGAAUUGUACACUUUAAAAUGGUUAAAAUGAUAAACUUUAAGUUUUUACCGCAAUUUUUAAAAUGUGUCAGCUCAUUUUACGGUAUGUGAAUUAUAUCUCAAUAAAGCUAUUAAAUGAAUAAACAUAGCAAAAGUUUCAGAGCUAAAAAAAA